AAACUCUAAGCCACGACAGUCACACGUGAAGUAUACUUAUUUUCUUACACAAAAGGCAUCGUGGACAGGAGGACUCAGAACGCCGCUGGCAUGGAUUAGCCUGUGUAUAAAGGCAGUGGCAUUGGCUACACAGCUUACAACACUGAAGAUAAGAGUGUGACAGAGAGGUUCUGUAGUUGCUAAGACAAAUACGCUACGAAAAUGCGGCUGCUCCUCCUUCUUCAAGUCCUCCUCUUCCUCUUCACGGUGGUGGCGAGGGCUCCCACCGCCGCCCACGCAUGGCGCAAGGAGGGCCACUACAUGGUGUGCAAGAUCGCCGAGAACUUUCUGACGAGCGAGGCGUCGGCGGCGGUGGCGAAGCUCCUGCCGGACUGGGCCGGCGGAGAGCUCGCGGCGACGUGCUCGUGGGCCGACGACGAGCGGCGCAAGUACCCGUGGUCCGGUGAGCUGCACUUCGCCGACACGCAGGGAGACUGCCAGUUCAUCUACGACAGGGACUGCCACAACAUGAAAGGAGAGAAGGACAUGUGCGUGGUCGGAGGAAUUAACAACUACACUGCAGCGCUAAUGAACUCAUCAGCUCCAAGCGUUGAUCCGACGGUAAGCCUGAUGUUCCUGGCACACUUCCUGGGCGACAUCCACCAGCCGCUCCACUGCGGCAGCGUGCAGGACUACGGCGGCAACACCAUCGCCAUCAGCUGGUACAACAGAACCAUGACCAACCUCCACCGUGUGUGGGAUCAGGACAUCGUCGACAAAGCCAUGAAGGACUACUACGGCAACGACCUCAGCAUCAUGACCAAUGUCAUCAUGCUCAACAUCACUGAGAAUUGGUCCGAUGAAGAGGAGCAGUGGGAGAUGUGCACUAGUAAAACCAAGACUUGUGCUGACAAGUACGCCAUGGAGAGCGCACAGCUGGCGUGUGACGUGGCGUACGCGGGCGUCAAGCAAGGCUCUGUCUUGGGAGAUGAAUACUUCUUCUCUGCGCUGCCGGUUGUUCGGAAGAGAAUAGCGCAAGGAGGGGUCAGGCUCGCUGCAAUCCUCAACAGGAUCUUCAGUGAGAGCGGCAGCAGCAGCAGGCUGCAGAGCAGUUGAUCCACCAGGACAGGACAGGAUUAGUUAUUGACAAUAAGAAGUGCAUGGAACGAGUUGUUUCUUGCUUGCCUGUAACUUUAGACGUAAUCAGAAUAAGAUUCUCUUGUCUGAAAGUGUGACUAGGAUUUCCGAUUAUUUAUCUUCUUCAUUCCAGACAAAAGUGACGUGUAUUGUUCGUUUAGCUGAUAAGCCAUGACAGAAAGUACUUUGGCGUUUGCAUGCACGACCAGCAGCGUGUUCGAA